UUCAUUUUAGUAAUGGCUCCGUUGAGCGUGUGAAAAAUUAUAACAUUUAAUAAUUAAGUAUUAAGAAUCAUGACAGAGAAAGAUUAUAAGAAAGUUCCAGUUGACGAUAAGGCUGUACAUCAAGAGGCAGUGUUGCAGUACGGCUAUGGGUACCGACACGUGCAGGCGCUGCUCAUGGUGCUGAGCCUGGGCGUGGGCUACAUGGCGCGCGCGCACCUCGGCGUCACCAUCGUAGCAAUGACCAGCACGAAAGCCCGCCACAGUGAGGCACUGGAAACUAUUGCUAAUAGUACUUUACGUUUUGACAAUACAACAACACUUGUACAAAAUGCAUCGUACAAUUUGUCACAAGAUGAAGGGACAAUGGUUAAAGUAUAUGAUUGGCCCAAGUCGACCCAAGAGAUGGUGCUGGGAGCGUUCUUCCUGGGUUACGGCACCAUGAUGUUCCCCACGGGGCUGGUCUGCCAGCGCUGGGGCGGCAAGCUGCCCCUGCAGGUGGCGCUGCUUGUCAACGGUAUUGUGUCCAUAUUCACACCUUGGCUGACACUGUGGGGGGGCUGGCGGGCGCUGGCAGGGUGCCGCGUGGCGCAGGGGCUCGCGCAGGCGGGAUACUACCCCGCGCUGCACUCGCUGCUGGCGCGCUGGGUGCCGCUCAGCGAGCGCGGCAGCCUCAGCAGUUACGUCUACACCGGCAGCGUGCUGGGUACCGUGGUGGCGUUCCAGGUGGGCGGCGUGCUGGGCGCCAGCAGCUGGGGCUGGCCCGCCACUUUCUGGCUGGCCGGCACCCUCUGUCUCCUUGUCUUCGCACUCCUCACUGUAUUCGGAGCCGCCUCGCCCGCGGACCACAAGAACUCUUCGAAGACGAAAAGAACUUCAUUCUUGGACGGAUCGAUGAUGGUGUCAAGAGGGCUGUUGAAGGCGCGAAUGCCGUGGCGAGCGGUGCUGACGUCUCGCCAUACGUGGGCUGCGUUCGCGGCGCACGUGGGAAGCGGCGUCACGUUCGUCUUCUUCUUCACACAAGUGCCCACGUACAUGCAUGCCGUGCUCAGGGUCGACAUCAAAAGUAGCGGGCUGCUGUCCUCGUUGCCGUACAUCGCCUCGUUCUUCUCAACGGUGCUGGGCGGAUACUUCUCAGACUUCCUCACCAACAGAAAUAUCCUUUCCAUUAAGAAUGCCAGGAUUAUUUGUAAUUCAAUAGGGUCGGUAGUGCCAGCGGCGGCGACCGCGGCGGUGUCUUUCACUGGCAGCGUGCCGCUGGCUGUCGGCUGCUUCGUGCUGUCGCUUGCCACACAGGGCCUCGUGCACACCGGCUGGAUGGUGAACUACAUGGACUUGGCGCCAAACUUCAGCGGCGGCCUGAUGGCCAUCGGUAACACAUUCACAAACGUAUUCACCGUCCUGAUGCCGCUCCUCGUCUCCGCGCUCGUCACUGACGUCACGAAUGUAUAUCAAUGGAGGAUUUUGAUGUUUAUAAUGGUUGGAUUGAUUUUCUUUACAAAUUUGUUCUUUGUAAUGUUCAUGAGCGCCGAUACUCAACACUGGAACGAUAACGUCGAAGAAAAACAAGAUGAUCCUCUAAAUAAUUCAAAACAGAUAGAAGUAACCAAAUGUUAAAGUUCAUGAAAUUCCGUUAAUAAAAGAAUCUAAUCUGA